UCAUAGCUAUGGUUUCAGAGGGACUAAUUGAGGAAGAGAAGUUAGAUUCUUUUAAUGUGCCAUAUUACACGGCAUCAUGCGAGGAAAUUCAAGAAGUAAUAGACAAGGAGGGCUCCUUCGACACAAAACAGUUGGUAACAUUUGCUCUAGAUAUUGGGGACAAGGAAGAGACAAACAUGCAGGUUAAGGGAGGUAAGGUAGCUAAAAAUAUCAGAUCAGUUUCAGAACCCCUGAUUUCUCACCACUUUGGACAUGAGAUUAUAGAACCAUUGUAUGAGAAAUUUACUCGUUUGGUAAUUGAUCACAUGGUCAAGAAGCUUCCUAUUGAACUUGUGAGCAUUGCCAUCACACUUCAGAGAAAGGGCUGGAAGUAA